ACGCCAUCCCGGCCAAUGGGCAGAAGCAAGAAAAAGAAGAGAGCGAGCGAGCGAGAGAGAGAGAGAGAUAGCAGAACAAAACCGUCGCUCCGAAAUCGUUCCAGGAAUCUCAAGAUGGCGAUCUGCCGUGACGGGUAACAGAAGCGGUGCCGUGUGCGUUGUCGUCGUGUGCUUAGCUCCGCAGCCACUUGCCCAAGGAAACAGCAAAACGGUUCUUUUUCCCACCCGGCCGCCCCAGUGCAUCCAGCGGUCACGAAGCGAAGUGUGUUCACCAGCAAAAGCGUUUUCCGUGCGUCGCUAAAACGCACAGUGCACGCGACAGACAACGAAUCUAUUCCAAUCAACCUCGAUAGAGAGAGCGAGAGAGAGAGAGAGAGAGACUCGGCCCGUGAGAAGGGGCUAGAGAUUGAGAAACAAACAGCAAAAAAAAAAAAAGACCCGAGAAAGAAAGGAAAGCAGGGAAAGAAUAAGAAACACCCGUCCCGUGGAGCCCCGUUUGGAUCGUCCAAGUCGUCAAGCAAGGGAGUGUAAACGCGUGCCCGCUGCAGCCCCAUUUGCGGUGUCCUGUCAAAACGACUGAAAACAUACCUAAGCACACACAGACACACACAGUCACAGCACGCUCUCAAUCACGUCCCAAAACCCACCAACGCGUGCGUGUGUGUGUGUGUGGUGUUGUGGGUGACCCGGGUGGAGGGAGGCGCGUGCGCACACCAGACCCUGCCGCUGCUCUCCGUCGUUCGUGUGGAGGUGGUGUUGUCCUCCGAAAAGAGAGAAGCGACACACACACACACGGGUGUGUAUGUGUUGUGUGUGUGUGUGUGUGGUCCCGGUUUUUCACAAUCAAACGCAAGGCAAACCCUGUCCGCGAUCAAUCAAAGAGCCACACAGCCCUCGGCGGUGCCAGUCGCGAUCAACAACACAGAACGACCGCGGUCCCGAAAAGGAGCCCACACCCCUCCACGCACUCAUCCACCCACCCCCUGCUCCCAGUUGCAGCUUUCUGUGCGUGUGUGUGUGUGCGUGUGAGUAAUGUGUAGGUGUGACAAGCACAGGAUGUGUUAGGCUUGGAAUUGGUGCGUUGUUUGCCGCUUCAGUGUCCGUCAUUAUAGUGCAGUGAUUGUGUGAUUGUGUGCUUGUGUGUGUGUGUGUGACGAUGAUCACACGGGAAGUGGCGGUGGAAGUGGUUGCUCGGUAAAGCAAAAAAAAAAAAUCCCCCCCCCCCCCAAAAAAAGGAAAAGAAAGAAGAAGCGUAACGGUGGUGUGUGUGUGUGUGUCCGCUGGGCGGCGGAUUCUCGCGGGCACCGUCGUCGUGCAGUGGUCAGUGCGUGCGUGCGGCGUGUGACGAAGGUGGUGGGAGCGUGUUAUAUGCUACAGCAUCAUGGCACCGGUGUCGCCGUGUGCAGCAGCGGCAGCAACAUCCACACCAUCGCGACCAUACCGUUACUGUGGCUGGGCCCGUGCCGCUACCAGUGUUGCUGCUGCCUCGCUGCCGUGCCGCAGCAGUAAGACCUUGCGCCCGUCCCGUUGUUGAGCGGUGCUGAUCUGCCACCCACACCCCCACCUCACUCCCACGAAAUUUCGCCCUCCCCUCACCCCACCCCCUGGCUGGGUGGCGGCUGCUCCACGGGAGUGUGUGUGUGUGUGUGCGUGAGUUUAGUGAGUGUGAGCAGAAGGGAGAGAUAGAGAGAGAGAGAGUGUGAGAAAGCAUCAAUCAAACAUUCGGUGAGACGCCGUCCGAAAAAAAAGACAUUCUUUGAAUAGACACACACGCAUCUACAAGGACUAAUUGUGUGUGUGUGUGCAAGCAGGAGAAGCAGGUAGCGCGGAAGACCCCAGAGCGGAAGAUCGCGUACCGUGGUGUGGUUCCCGGGCGAGUGAUCCAUCCCGCAACCGAAAAGCAAGAGCCGGGCGGGCAACAGGACGACGACGAGCCACUGUAGCUACCCGUGAAACGCCGUGUGCGCGUGUGUGCUCGAACCGCCCCGCCCCUGGAACACGAAAUAUGGAGCGGUUUCUGUCGCUGCUACUGCUGUGCUACGCUCUGUACCAGAAGUUCGAUGGCGUCGUCAGCGAUCAGGUGGUAUUGCUGGACACUACGAAGGAGGCGACGCUGGAGUGGACCCGCUACCCUUACGGGCCGCAGGCACAAACGCCCGGGUGGGUGGAAGAGUCGUUUACCAACUUCGUGAAGGGUAUCAACUGGCGCAGCUACGUGGUGUGCGACGUGGCGUACAACAACGUGAACAACUGGCUGUGGUCGCCGUUCAUCGACCGCGGCCCGGCCAACCGGCUGUACAUCGAGAUCCACUUCACCAUCCGCGACUGUUCGCUCUUUCCCGGCAACGCGCUGUCGUGCAAGGAAACGUUCAGCCUGCUGUUUUACGAGUUCGAUGCGGCGACGCGCGAACCGCCGCCCUGGCAGCCGGAAAGCUACAAGCUGAUCGGGCGGAUCGCGGCGGGCGAGGGCCGCUUCAACCAGAACUCGGACGUGGACAUCAACGUGGAGGUGAAGAGCAUCGCGGUGACGAAGAAGGGCGUGUACUUUGCGUUCCGCGACCAGGGCGCCUGCAUCAGCGUGCUGGCGGUGAAGGUGUACUACAUCACCUGCCCGGCGGUGACGGUCAACUUUGCGCACUUCAACGAGACGCCGACCGGGCGCGAGGUGACGAUCAUCGAGCAGCAGAUGGGCGUGUGCGUGGAGAACGCGGAAGCGUACGAAACGCCGACCUACCUGUGCAAGGGCGACGGCAAGUGGACGAUCCUGACCGGCGGGUGCCGGUGCAAGGUCGGGUACGAGCCGGACGCGGAGAAGCAGACGUGCAACGUCUGCCCGGUCGGCAAGUUCCGGUCGGCGGAGGUGCGCACCUGCACGAUCUGCCCGCUCAACUCGAAGACGAACAAGGUCGGGUCGCCGUACUGUCCGUGCCUGAGCGGGCACUAUCGGCAUCCGCGCGACGGCAAGCACAUGCCGUGCUACAAGCCGCCCGGGCCGCCCACCAACCUGACGCUGCUGUUCAUCGACCAGACGAGCGCGAUCCUGUCCUGGAACGCGCCGCAGCGGGCCGCCGACGAGCAGCUGGACAGCAAGUUCCGGAGCGACAUCGUGUUCCGGGUGCGGUGCGCCGCCUGCACGUCCAACGUCGUCUUCAACCCGUCGAGCGAAACGUUCAACGAUACGAAGCUGACGCUCACCAACCUGGAACCGGUCACGACCUACACGGUGCAGGUGCACUCGCAGCACGGCGUCUCCUACCCGAUCGUGGCCCCGGACCUGGGGGCGGGCGGCGGUUUGCACGGCGGUGGUGCGGGUGGCGCCGCCGGACUGUACGAGAACGGCAGUGCGGUGGUGGCGGGCGGCAGCGGGUACCACGCGACCGAGCCGCCGAUGGUGGUGAUGGUCAAUGCACGGGCCGGCGGGCCCGGCUCGUCGUCCGAUCUGGACGACAUCAAGACGGAGUUUGCCGAAAUCACGUUCACGACCGAGUCGGCCAUCCUGAGCACGGUGUUUAACGUCAAAGUGGUGCAGAUCACGAACAAGGAGGUCGACCUGGUGUGGGACAAACCGAUCCACAGCGACUCGCCGAUCGAGUACUACGAGGUGCGGUGGUUCCCCAAGUCGGAGGUGGACGCGAUGAACAAGUCCGUGCUGAGCACCAAGGAGUCGAAGGUGCACAUCGGCGACCUGCUGGAAAACACCGAGUACGGGUUCCAGGUCCGGUGCAAAACGCUCAACGGCUGGGGCACGUUCAGCAACAUCGUCUACGCCCAGACGCACCAGAGCGUCAGUCCGGUGUACGAUGACUCGUUCCAGAUGCGUAUCGUAGCGGGCACUACUGUGACCGUCGUGUUCAUUUUGGUGUUGGUGAUCGUUAUAACGGUGGUGUUCCUGCGCUCGAAGAAUCACGACGAGAUAGACAAGAAAACGAACAACCAUCUGCCCUUGCCGAUGGAUUACGCGAGCAACGAAGUUCACGCAAUGGACACGACCCCGAUAGUCAAAACGAUGAAGAGCAAUGGUGGCUCAUACGGGUAUUACCGUCAACGUCGUAAUAAUUUUGCAGUGACCACGCCGCUGUUCGGUACCAGCCGGAGCUACGUCGAUCCGCACACGUACGAGGACCCGAACCAGGCGAUACGCGAGUUUGCCCGCGAGAUAGACGCGAGCUACAUCACGAUCGAGGCCAUAAUCGGUGGCGGCGAGUUCGGGGACGUGUGCCGCGGCCGGCUGAAGGUGCCGCCGAACUUCGUGCAGGAGAUAGACGUCGCGAUCAAGACGCUCAAGCCGGGCUCGUCGGAGAAGGCGCGCUGCGACUUCCUGACCGAGGCGUCCAUCAUGGGCCAGUUCGAGCACCCGAACGUGAUCUUCCUGCAGGGCGUGGUGACGCGCUCGAACCCGGUGAUGAUCAUCACCGAGUACAUGGAGAACGGCAGCCUGGACACGUUUCUGCGCGCGAACGACGGCAAGUUCCAGACGAUACAGCUGAUCGGCAUGCUGCGCGGCAUCGCGGCCGGCAUGACCUACCUGAGCGACAUGAACUACGUGCACCGGGAUCUGGCGGCGCGGAACGUGCUGGUCAACUCGCUGCUGGUGUGCAAGAUCGCCGACUUCGGGCUGUCGCGCGAGAUCGAAAACGCGAGCGACGCGUACACGACACGGGGUGGCAAGAUACCGGUGCGCUGGACGGCGCCGGAAGCGAUCGCGUUCCGGAAGUUCACCUCCGCGUCGGACGUGUGGUCGUACGGCGUGGUACUGUGGGAGGUGAUGUCGUUCGGCGAGCGGCCGUACUGGAACUGGUCGAACCAGGACGUGAUCAAGAGCAUCGAGAAGGGGUACCGGUUGCCGGCCCCGAUGGACUGCCCGGAGGCGCUCUACCAGCUGAUGCUCGACUGCUGGCAGAAGCAGCGGACGCACCGGCCCACCUUCGCCAGCAUCACGCAGACGCUCGACAAUCUUGCGCGGCAGCCGCAGGUCCUGCUGACGACGCGCAACUCGCCGGACAAUCCGGUCGCCCGCAUGGGCACGGCGGCCGGCGGCGUCGGCGACGAUCUCACGCAGGAAAUGCUGGCGGCGGCGGCGGCAGCUGCCGCAGCAGCAGCGGCAGCCGCCGGUAGCGGCGGUAUGGUCGGCGUGAUGGGUGGCAGCUCCCAGCAGCAGCAGCAGCAACAGCAGCAGCAACAGCAGCAACAGCAGCAGCGAGCCGCCACACUGAUGAUGGGUGGCGGCAGCGGCACCAGCGAGCGCGUGCUCAACACCGGCAGCAGCAUGACGAACGUGCCCGGCUCGAUGGGCACGCUCGGCUCGACGGUGGGCGGGCUGAGCAACACCGGCACGAUGUCCGGGCCCGGCAAUCCGGGCAUCUUCAUCAGCACCGACUUGUGGCUGGAGGGCAUCAAGAUGUCGCGCUACUCGCAACACUUUAAGGAGGCCGGUCUCGUCACGGCCCAGCAGCUUUCCCGGCUAACGGCUCAGCAGCUCAGCGACAUGGGCAUCACGCUGGUCGGGCACCAGAAGAAGAUACUCCACCAGGCCCGGCAGAUCGAUACCAUCAUCUAAAGGCGCGCAUCCAGCAAAUCGUUACACACCACAACACACAAACACAGUUCCAGACCGACCAUUCCGUGCCCGCGCACACACCCACAGAACCCGACGGGGGAAGAGCAAAUCGUUGUAAAGCGGGCGGCGACGGCGACGGGGCACCACGUUCACAGGGACUCAAGCACACUCAUAGGACGUUGUUAAAAUAGGGUCGCUUCAAGCAAGGGCACAGCGCGCAUGGAAUCCAUUUUCUAUCAAAGCGGUGUUAAUUUUUGCAAAUUCCAUGAACUCUCUGGUGGAGCUGCUCUAUGCUGUUCUAUGCUUUUAUUUUAUGCGAAGCUCGAAUUUUAGCGUUACCUUAUUGUGUUGUUGGAUACCAAAAGGCUCUACUCAUGGACGCCUGUAGCAUUUGUAUUUUUUGGUAAUAUUUUUGCUGCUGUAUAUUGAUUGAUGGUCUUGAAUUUGUACUACGAAAGUUAACUGCCGUUUAUUUAGUCAAAGUGUAAAUGUUAAACGUAUUAUGAAGUUGAAAAAAAAAAAAAAUAACUGCGUAUCCAUGACAGUACCAUUAAAAAAAAAGAAAAAAAAAAUCAUUUUAUUCCAUGAUUUUCCAUGAGUUCUCAUAGUUGUGGGACACUUCCUACACUCUUUCUUAUGGGAAGUGAACUUAUGAUGGAAAUUGGACUAUAUGGUACCCUGUUUGAACAGGCUCCCUAAAAUUCCUAUUGGAUUUGUGGAACAAGGGUGCUAUAGAUUCCCAUUCACAUUAGAUUAAGCUCAUAUCAAGUAAGAAGGAGGCAACAAAGUGUCUCACAGCUAUGGGAACCCCUGGAAAACCCUGUAAGUACAGUAAGUAGAGAAGCAUCAACACGGCAGCAGCCACCAAGCAGUGCAAUCAGGGAACUGUAGGUAACACCGUUUUGAUAAGAAGAUUCGAUUUUCAUCCGCCAGGAGAACGCGCAUUUUGUCGCGAACGAAUACUCACAUCAUCCAACGACACGAAUACUCACGAACCUCAGCUCUCAGCAGGAUCGGCGUUCCAAACAAGGCGCCCAUCCUGUUACUAGCCAUAUAUAUCUAUAUGUGUAUAAAAUAGGAACGACGAUUGCGGCCCCAGCGAGCGUGGUGUGAUUGUGCCCUACUUUGCCCCCUCCUCCCGCGCCACCGCCUACUUCAAAAUGCGCGCGGAAAAGUGUGGUGCGUGUGUGCGUGCGGCUUAGUUUUGUUUUCAAUUUUUAUGCUUUUAUCUUAUGCGGGAUUGCUUCUUUUUAUCUUCUGUCCACUCUCUCACAAACGGCCGCCAGGCCAGGGCCAACCGCAUUUAUAGUUACGGAAAAAUAGCUACGCCGAGCCCCCCCCGGUCCCGGCAAGCGUAUUUCGCAUUUAAUAUGAAACAUAAAGAAGAAGAAGAAGAAGAAAAAGAAGAAUAAGAAGGAGGAGAAGAAGAAACAGAGGAAGAAGAAGAAGAAAAACAUAAAAAACUGAUAGACAAGUGAGAGUCGUAGUAGGUAGCAUCUCUCGACCGCUCGAUGCACAGGCCCGAUGCGGGGAGGACGUUUAGGUUUUAUUUUAACGCAAAGAGAAAAGGCUGCUGCUUUCCUUUGUCUUGUUCUGUGUUCUAUCGUUUUUCUUUCUUUCUUUCUUUCUUUUUUUUUAGUUUUUGUUCAAACUAGUACGUGCUCUCAGUGAACUUGUGUUACUUAAGCGUUGGCAUUUUUAUUUUAAAUUAUAACUACUUAUACAUAUAUAUAUAUACAUAUACAUACACAUAUACAUAUUAGCUGGUAUUCGAAGUCCUUUUGCAAUAGCAAAAAACAAACAAACAAGCAAAAAAAAAACCCAUUGCGGACAGAGACUGACUUCACUGACUGAAGGGAAGGUGUAGAAGAAGACGAUGGAACGAUGGGGAAGCGUGUGUACUAUAUUUUUUAGUAGUGGAGUGGAAUAGCAGGCUGGGAAAGCAGAAGGGAAGGGAAAGAAGUUAUGGGAAAGAGAGAGAGAGAGAGUAGUUUUUGCCUGCGAGGUGGGGUGCAACCGGUGAGAGCAGAUAUGAACAGUAGGAAGGAGGAAGUAGAGGGAAGCCAUGAGAGAGAGAGAGAGAAAAUGAUAGAGAAAGAGAAAGAGAGAGAGAGAGAGAGAGAGAGAGCGAGAGAGAGAGAGUGAGAGAGAGAGCGAGAGAGCGCCAGAGGGGGAAGGUGGUUACAUCAACAAUGUGAUUUUUAUACUCUGUAGUAAUUAGGUAGUCGGCUUUUAAUUUCAGAAUAUUAUUUUUUGUUUUUUAUUUUAAAUGUUAGUUUCGUAAGCGCCCGCCGAACAACAAACAAAACAAGAAGAACAGAAUGGUGUGUGUGUGUGCUCUCUCACACCAUCCCCUGUGCGCUUUCGGGUGGUCGGGCGCGCCACAUCAGUGACCAGUGAUUGCAAUGCGCCCCCAAGGGUUAUCCCCCAGGACCCACAUCGGUGUUUGUUGGCUUUUUUUUUUUUUGCUCACACGCUCACAAUGCUGUGUCGAUGAGUUUUCUGGCGGGUUCGAACAGCGCCCGACAUCUUGGAGAGGGGAGAAAAGUGAAAUCGGGAAGAAGACAACAACCAAUCCCCCAGAGAGGGGGGCGAUGGGAGCGAAAACAAAGCAACCUUCCCAUUUGCGCAUUUUCGUUGUGUAUAGAAGCAUUUGUGCAUGUAUUUUAACAUCCCUUUUUUUAAACUGUAUUUUUUAUACGCAUUUUAAAUAUAAAUAUAUGUAAUUCCAAGCAAAAACAAAUAAAUGCUGCCACUGCGCGAGAAUAGGGGGAAGGUACGCGAUUCACGAUUACACAACAUUCAUACAAUCUGUUUUACACCGUAUCAGUGAGCCACACGGAUCAUCCAGGCGGAGGUAGGAGUAAAGUGGGUGGUUUUUUCUACACGCGAGACGUUGCUUGUGGGGUUUCUUGUCGUGUAAGGAAUAGCUUAAUUGUUCAUUUGUGGACUCCCCUCCCCCCACGUCUCUGUGGGAGCGAGAGAGAGAGAGUGGGGAUUCCAAUCGGGAGGACAAACUAUUACCUGCUUAACAGUUGCUCGUUUGGUACCACCGACCCCUCCACCCCCCCCCCCCCACCAACUCUGUUGCAAUCCAAUAAUCGUAGCGUACGCGCAACACAUAUCUCCGGAAGUUAAAUGGUCCGCAUUGGUUUAUAUGUUUGCUCGUUUCGGUUCGGGAAAGGAGGAGAAAAGAAACACGGCAAAACUGUGAGGAAGGGGAUGGCGGGCGUGUCAACGAUGCUGCGAAUUUCGGUACCGGAAAUAUUUAAUUUAAAAGACCCGCCGAGGAGGGAAAUCACAGGUCAGGCAGUAGGCGUGCGUAGGAAAAAUAAGAAGAAAAUCACACUACACACAAACAGGUGAAACAAAGGGAAGAAUAAAAAAGACACACACACACACACCCACACAUACAAGCAUUUAUUGGUAAAACGAACGAACUGCGCAAUAGUGUAAAAUAACAAUCAUAAUAGUGGUUUCGUUAAUGACGUCAGAUAAGAUUGAAUAUUAAUAUAAAGGAUAGCAAAAAAAACGAGUAAAGACAGAAAAGAGAGAGAGAGAGAGAGACACACACGGCACAGAUUUGGACCUAUACAUAUAUAUAUACCCCCCCCCCCCCCCUCCGGAUGCUGGUAGCGUUGGGAAACGUGCCAAGCAAGCGAAACAAAUAAAGAACAACACAAAAAUACAAACAAAUAUAUACCGAACACACAAACACAGACAAACUACAGCAAAAACGAAUAGCCUGUAAAUAAGGAAUAGUAAUACAAGAACGAGAAGAACAAAACAAAACAAAACAAUGAAUCUGUAUUUGAAUUAGUCGUUAAACAUGACAGCAAAAAUAAACAAAAUCAGAGCAUAAAGAUAAAGUAUAUAUAUGUGUGUGUGCGUGUUUGUGACAGAGAGAAAGAGAGAAAGAGAGAGAGGGAGAGAGAGAGAAAGAGAGAUAGAGAGAGAAAGCCGAACGGUGAAACGAUGAAUAGCAACAAAACACAGAAAUCGUACAAAAGACACAAACACACACACAUACACACUGAGAUGGCCAUGGGAAAAGGAGCAGCGGGCAGCAAAUGCUUUCCGCUUUCCCUCCCGGUCCCACACUACCACUCCCCCCCCCCCCUCCUCCCGCUGGUAUGGAGUGGGUGGGUGAAAAAAAAAAUGUAGAAGAACGGUGGCAAAAGAGCAAUGUGGAAUGCAAUUAAAGAACAAUAAUGUGUUUCGUCCAUAGCGAGUCAAGCUUUUUUCCUCAUAUCGUGUAACGUUAGAAACCGUUGUGUCAAUCAGAAAGUGUGAAAGAAACUACCAUCACUACUACCACCACCACCACAACGGGAUAAAAUGGUUCCCCUCGUUUGAAGCGUCUCGAGAGAGAGAGAGAGAGAGAGAGAGAGAGAGAGAGAGAGAGAGAGAGAAAGAAUGUUUCUCUUUUGAAAACAAAAUGGAAACAAGUACACAAAUAAAUAAAAUCAGUGGGACGACAGAGGACCCACUGGAGCGAAAAUAGUGGAUCGAGCUUGGCAGCAAUUUGCAAAAAACAAAAACAAACAAAACAAACUUAUCUAAUUCGUUAAGGCAAACUUUGGAUGUGUGUGUGGUAGUUACAGCAUCCUUUGCCGUUCGCGUGCUUUCGAAAUGCGCUUUCCCCAUUUUCUGCCGCCCUGACUGGUGUCGUAUGUAGUGUAUUUUCUGUUUCUUUUAAGUGCGCCUGAUUUUGGUUUAAAAUAAUUCCCUAAAAUCGAACGGGCAAACAUGCUGGAACAUGGUUCACGAGCCCACCAGCAAAAUCCCCACUCAAAACACACACACACAAGUGUCUGAUAGGAAGGACGUCCCUUGUGUUCCCUCUCGCGCGCGAGCGCCACAUGUUCCAGUUUUCGAUGUGUCCCAGUUUGUCUAUUGUUUUCUGUGUUUUUUUUUUGGUUGUUGUUGUGGUUGGUUUGAUUUGAGAAGGUUCAACUUAGGUUAGGAUGUUGAAACAAAAUCCCCCAGCCCCUCCCCUCCCGCUCUGUGCAUUCUUCUCCGCGAAAAACAACCCGCACCAGCUGAAACAUGUGCGCAGGAAGAAGGAUGUGCGAAGGAUGAGAAAAAAAAGAGAAAGAGAGAGAAAAAAAAAAUACGCCAAUAUAUGAUAAGACUGUAAUUUAUAGCAAUACCGAAUCACCCCCUCCUGUCUGUGUAGUGUGCUGGGCGGCUAACGUUGAGGUUUAAAAAAAUAUAGAGCAAGAAAGAAAUAGUAAAAGAGAGAAUAAAAAAGCGCUAGCGAGAAAGGGUAACAUCACAAAAUCAACCAAUAAAAUACGAAAGUUACAAGUGAACGUGGCGCUUUGAUUUUUUUUUUUUUGCAAAAAAACCAAAGAGCUCUCUUCACUCUUGCUGGUACUGGUUUUAUAAGCGAAUGUUUUAUGUUUUUUUGUUUGAAAAGCAAGAAAAGUGUAGCACUCCUUCGCCGCCCUUCCGUUCCGCCCCUGCCUGCCUUGCCUGUUUCCGGUUAUUGUAAAUUUGUUAAAAAAAAAACCAAACUUUGUCACGCCUGUUGUUUUGCCUUCCGAGCAUUGCCAUCCCAGACAGAGCUUAUGGUUCUCAAUUCCUGCACAUUCUUGCACUACAAUGAAGGGCGAGAGGGUGGGGCUGUACCCUUAGCAGGGGGGGGGGGGGGGGCGUUGCGCAAAGAAGUUUUUAAAAGUAGAACAAAAGCGGAAGCGGUGGAGAAUAAAUGAAAAAAAACAAAACAAAAAAACAUCCCAAAAGUUAGAGUAAAGAAUGUUGUAAUUAAACACAACGCAAAACGGGGAUAAGAAAGCAAAGAAGAAGUAUUAAAUUUACAUACAAUUUUGGGGAUAUAAACAGGACAAAAAACACAAACACACACACAAAGAGAGAGAGAGAAAUAUGCGUAUAAGGAGUGUAGCAAUCAGAAUGAUUCAUCCACUCGUGGGGCGGGGUAAAUGCACUAAUGAUACAACACACCACUUACACAUCGAACGGAGCGCGAAGCAGAAAACAGAACAAAAAAGAACGAACACGAAGAAGAAAAAAAAGGUGGAAAAAAUAUUGAACAUUUAUAGAGGAGGAAGGUAAGGGGGGGUAAUGGAAGAAAAGAGAGUAUUUCUAUAUUAAAUUACUAGGCAAUUAAACACAUUGACGAACCACAAUGCAUACGUACAUGAAGUUAAGGAAUAACAUUAAAAGCAACGGGGAGGGGGAAAGCGAAAUAUGCAUUCACAGAGGAAAAGAAAAACAGAACAAACCAAUAAAAAGAAGAAAAAAUAAGAAGAAGAAGAAGAAACAACUGGAUAUAAAAGAAAAAGAGAAAAACAAAAUUUGAAAUAAGAAAAAAACACAACAACAUGCAAAACAUAAAGUCCCUCCCUCCGAUUUAGCAAAAAAAAAACAACAAAGAUGCAUGUAAGAGAGAGAAAAACAACAUACACAUAGAGAGAGAGAGAGCUAGGCAAAAAUGUUUCAGUGUUGCCACACAAUUGAUUCCUUCGAUCGCUAUUUGAUGCAUUCCAGUGUCCAGAAAAGAUUAAAAAAAAAACACAAUGCGGGACCCCGACCUCUUCCAGUAAUAGUGCAGUUAAUUGUCUGCUCUCUCUCUCUCUUUGCAAACGGAUGUAGCUGGCAACAGUUGCAAAACAGGAUGUAACUGCAACAAAGGAAGCAGCAAAAGUGUCCCCAGAAGCUGGAUGGAUGCAACAUUAUUACAAUAUUAAUGAUACAAAAACACAAUCAUCGUUUUAAAGCAAACAAGUAAUGUGAAUUAUAGUUAAAACGGUGGAGAAAAAAAAACAUGAAAAAAGGUGAAAGCAGAUGAAGAAAUGAAAAGAAAAUAAUAAAAAAAAAGAAACAAAUAUGCGCAAUUUUCUCAGUGUAAAAGGUGUAAACGUUUGUUGGGCAAAAGGAAAAAAAGAAGAAAAAAAAAACAAAACAAAACAGAUCCAUUUUAGCACGCAUAGGAUUAAGAGAAAGAGAGAGAGAGAGAGAGAGAGAGAGAGAGAGAGAGAGAGAGAGAGAGAGAGUGCGAGAUAGUGAACAAAAAAGAAACAAUAGAAAAGAAAAGCAAUUUGUUGGUGAAACGAAAGGACAAACACACAUUAAAAGAGAAACAAAUUUAAUCAAAGGCAGCAGAGCAGUGUGUGGCCGUGCGGGGCCGCCCUGUUGUGCCGCGGAGCAAGCUGGAGACGCACCCCCUUCUUCUUCCUUGUGGAAUCGAAGCUCAUCAUCAUCGUCAUCCCCACAAUAAGCCCUGCAGCAGUUAACAAGAGAGGCACACACUCAAACAAAGCAGAGAACAAACACAAAAACAACAAUAAUUCGCAAAUAGGCGCGCACAGCCCUCGAAACACAGCACAACUCGAAAGGCGGAGCGCGGAAAGGAAAAUCAGAGGAAAAGUCGGUAGAGCAGACGACGAACCUCCCCCACGGCACAAGUAACGCUCGUUCUCUUCGAGCAUCCCAAGGUGUUCCUGCGCUUUUUUUUUUACAAUAGCUGCUAUACAACAACAACACACACACACACACAGAUGGGGGUCAGGGGCAGAUCGAUUGCUGCUGUGUACCGUAAUAUCCUAACAUCACUCAAACUUGAACGAAAUCACAUUACAUUUUAUAACUGGUUCGUCGGUUUGUUUGCCACUCUUCUGCCGAUGAUUUUCCUUUGCCGUGUGCUGCGCGCGUGUGUGUGUGUGUAUGUGUGUGCAACAGUAAAAAAAAACCAACCCAGCUGCAGAGCCAUGCAAACAAAUAAAUAGUAAAGCAGGCACAAGUCUUUGAAACAACAGCCGGAAAAGGGCAAAUUAAACAGGAUAAUUAGCAAACCAACCACCCCUACACACAACACACCCACACACACGCAUACACCUAAGCAAGGAAUGCGCAUGUGUGUAUGUGAGUGGGUGGGGGGGGGGGGGGGGGUGCAUUGUGCUGGGUUACGGUUUAUCUGUAAAUAUAUGUAUAAACAAGCUAAUGAAAUAGAAUCGACACAAAACCGGCGGGGGGAUAAUGCGUUUAAGGAAUGGAGGAAAAAACACUAGUGGAGCUAAAUAUAGAGAAGAAAAUGUAAAAAAAAACAAUGAAGGAGAAUGAAGCUUUGAAAGGAUGAGUAAAAAAAACAGGAAAGAGAGAGAGAGAGAGAAAGAGAGAGAGAGAUAGAGAUAGAGAGAGAGAGAGA